AUGGCGUGUCGAAAUACACGAACGCGACUGGCCUUUCGCUAUGAUCAGCCCGGCCGCAAUAUUAUAUCGGACGCAGAAAUCGAACUCCUUGCUACGGCAGAAGGCAUCAGCACAUUACAGGACCUGAGGGGAGUUACGCACCAAUGGUCAUGGCAAGAGACGUACGGAUCCGAGCUAUGGACCGUAUGGGAAGAACUCACGCUGGAGCUUCGUGCAUUGUCCGAUCCUUCACAGCCCACACCAGUCCUUCCUUCGACUACCACCUCUAUCCCGCACCCUCCUCUUCCAGAAUCGGAAUCAGCGGGCAGUCACGCUAGAUUCCCCAACCCAGCCCCCAUCGAACCUGUCUCCACUUUGGGAGUGACACAGCCAACACCAGCGCCUUUGCAAGUAGGGAACGCUGGAAAACGGAAGGCAGAUGACGGUGUCGGUUACGCCGGGGUCGUCGUUGUCGAGGAGAGGCUGGAGAGCGGUCGAGGGAAGAGAGGAAGACUCGAUCACGCCCCAUCAAACCGACUUCCAGGAUUUACCUCCAUGCCCCACGACCACCCACUCUGUCAACAACGACGACGUCCAAACAACGCGUAG